UUGAUGUCUCUCCGUUCGUCCACUUGUCAGUUUUUCACUCGCAUCAUCACCAUCGCGCUGUUUGUCGUAAGGUGAUUUUCGGUAAAUUCCUAGAUUCAAGCAUUCCGCUUCGUAAUUGAUUGUGAUUCAAAGUGACUGGACGGCAGUUUGGGUACAAAAGCGCGUUCGAUUUGGGACGGAAGUUCAGUGCUCGAUUGGGAAUUUGGCCGUUUUGCAUCCACGGUCCUGUCGUCGCCGCGAAGAAAAGAAAAGGCGUUCACGUCAUUGGAUUUGAUCCAGCGAAGAGCAAGUGCGUUUGUGUGUGUGUCGACUCAGUGGAAAAGGGUGGACCUCUGGGACAGGUUAUUUUUCUACGCCAAGAAGUCGAGGAAUUACGGAUAACCUCCCACGGUUGUGUUUUAUUUCUCUGUGAGUUGACGGAAUUGCGAAGGACCGAUCGACGAUUCGCUGAUUGGCUAUUGACUCCAAGAUUGUAUCGGUUUAACAUUCUAACUCUAAGGUAAAACCAACUACUGGAGGAGCAUCACAAACGUAGCGCCCCCAAAACUUAAGUAGGCGAAAGUACCCUUCUACAACGGAGGAGAGUCCAACGUAACCCACAAUACAAAAAGAAAGGCAGGAACAACCCCCAAAUUCCGUUCUCCUUAGGUUAGGAUUUUUUAUUAGCUUGUGGAUAAGUUGUUGAGGAGACACACGUUCCAAACCCCCCGAAAAACUUAGCGAAAGAUAAAACAAAACAAGCAGCAUGGGGAACGUGUUCGCAAACUUGUUCAAAGGACUGUUCGGCAAGAAGGAGAUGAGAAUACUGAUGGUCGGAUUGGACGCCGCCGGUAAAACCACAAUCCUGUAUAAACUAAAAUUAGGAGAAAUUGUUACAACGAUUCCUACCAUUGGUUUCAACGUGGAGACUGUAGAAUACAAAAACAUUAGUUUUACCGUAUGGGACGUAGGCGGUCAGGACAAGAUCCGACCACUGUGGAGGCAUUACUUCCAGAACACACAAGGACUUAUCUUCGUCGUGGACAGUAACGAUCGGGAACGUAUCGGCGAAGCCCGCGAAGAACUGAUGCGAAUGCUGGCAGAAGAUGAACUCAGAGAUGCCGUUCUACUUAUAUUCGCCAACAAACAGGAUCUACCAAACGCGAUGAACGCCGCAGAAAUCACCGACAAGCUGGGUCUGCAUUCGCUGAGAAACCGCAACUGGUACAUUCAGGCGACCUGUGCAACAAGUGGCGACGGUUUGUACGAGGGUCUCGACUGGCUAUCCAACCAGCUGAAGAACGCUAACCGUUAAGUUGUGUAUGUGUGCGCAGGCAGGCGGGGGUCACAGAGGAAGAUGAUAGAGAAGGAAAAAGCAGCCUCAGCACGCCGAAGAAGCAGCAUGAUGUUGAUGAUGAGAUGGUGAUGGUGGGGGAAAGGAAAUAAUAGAUGGACGAGCAAUUGCGAGCGAGCGAGAUCGAGACAAGAAAAUAGAGAGCGAAAGCGAUAAAAAAAAUAAAGAACAGAAGAGCUCCGUUGAUAAUUGAGAUAGGAAAAAGAAACCAACAAAUAAAAGUAGCAAAAAUAAGGAAAACCGAAAACCAACUCCCUCUUUAAAACAAAGAAACAAACAAAACACAGUAAUAAGCAGAAACCAGCCAGGUAACGUGUGUGUGGAUGAUUAUAUUGGAAAACUGAAGAAAAUAAUAUAAAGUAAUAUAAUGAUAAAAAAUAAAGUAAAACACACUGAAAACAAACAGAAGCUGAGAAACGUAUUAAAUAAUUUAGCAUGAAAGGAUAAAACAAUACGCUAAGCUGUGCAAGAAUUAUGGAAUACAAGUGAGAGCUGAAAUAAAGUGGGCGUUAUCUGAAAACUGAAAACAAACAAAAACAUGUGCUUAUUAUUGAGUGUGCUACCGGAAAAAAACCACAACCUAAGCAUGGCGAAGUGAAGUUAGAAACAUUACUUGGGUUUUCCCAUAGCUUGGUCGUACCGACCGAUCGCCAGUAUUCCUCCCAAAUUAUUCCGUUUUUUAUUGCAUCUCCUGUCUCCUCGGUCGCUUCUGCUUUUGCUGCUGCUGAUACUACUACUGCUGCUGCUACCUUUCAGAGAUAAUGUUUAGGGGCUGCCUUAAUUAACUAUUGUUUAGCGAGAAAUUUAUUUCAUUGUGCAAAGGAUAUGUUUUUUUGUUUCACUUAUUGAUUCAGGAUUAUAACGAGAAAAUGAAGUAUGCUAGUUUUUUUUUUAUUUAUUAUCGCUCCUUCUUAUUUUAGUACUCGAUAUGGCUAGGAUACAGUUAUUAAGAGGAAAUUAAACAUUCGCAUAUGAAUAAGGUUCUUAGUAAAAGAUAUGAAUUUGAGUUUCCAAAUUGGAUUGUGGGCGAAACCCAUGCUGUGGAUGCGUCUGGAUGGCUUUUUGGGGUAACGAUUAAAAAUUCACACUAACAUAACAAUUCACACACCACACACGCAAGUGCAACCAACCAGAGAACAACAUUGACCAGGAGAGUAAGGCUCAUCAAUAAAACAAAAUAUCACUGUCAUCAGAUUGUGUGUGUUUGUGAAGGCAGAUAGUGACACGUUUCUUUUCCCUAAACAGGGAAAAACGGAGCGAACGAGGAAUUUAGACUGCAAUAACACAGCUGCUGAGUUGACACAGAAAUAAACUGCUAAAUACGAAGGAAGAAAAAAAAACUGAAACCAAUAAAAGACGCUACCAGAUUGAGAAACGCAAAGAAGUUUAAUAAUGGAUUAACCGUAACGGCUGAAUAGAAGAGGAAUGGGAAGGAAAUAAAAGAUAUCCGGAAGUGACAUCCGAAAACAUUCAUUCAGAUCAGUUUAAGAAGAAACAAAAACAAAAAAGAACAGCUACAAGUGUAACAGUUACGUUUAAUUAAGAUGAAUAAAAACACUAUAUAUAGACGAA